AUGGCGUCACUGACCCCAGGCGUGCUCUCGAAGCUUCUAGAAAACGCGGGCAACAAGGUAACGGCGCCACACCGCCAAGCCCUCCUCCAAGUAACCGAAAUCGUGCCACGCCUUUCAGACGAACCGUGGCAGAGCCGAGGUUACUUCCUUAAACUCUCCGACUCCUUGCACUCUGCUUACGUCUCAGUCUCCGAAGCCGAAGCCGAGAUGAUCUGCGCCGAUAAGCUCCAACUCGGCCAGUUCGUUUACGUGACUCGCCUCGACUCGGCCUCACCCGUUCCACUGGUUCGCGGCCUCAACCCUCUCCCCAAACGAAGACCCUGCGUUGGAAACCCCACUGACUUGGUCUCUAGCGAGUCCCUUCAUGUUACCCCUAAGUUGAAGAAGAGAGAUGAGAAGAAGAUGACUUUCGAGACGAGGAGGUUCAGCUUGGAUUCUUCUAGAAGGGUUUGGGACCAUAGUCCCGUUGUUAAAGCUAAAACUUCUUCUGCAACUUCUGCAUCUGAUAAACUCAAGCUCAAGAAAUCUCACCCCACUUCACCUAAUGUGAUGGACAAGAAGGUUUCUGCUAAAGCUGAUUCUCCCCAAAAAUCUCCAACUUCAAGUGCCUCACCUUUGAAAAGUAAAAACGAGAACUUGUGUCCAAAAUUGACACACGCACCUCCGAGAAAAGGUACUAGUACUAGGUCUCCAUGUCUUGACACUGUUCAUAGCCAACUUGUUAAGGUGCCCCUCAAUUUCAAGACUUGGUGUGAUGCUUCUGCAUCUUGGGAAGAUCUCCCAUCUCCCAUGUGUAAUCUUGGAAAGCAAGUUGUAACUCAUAGAAAUGUUACUUUUUUGGCGGCUGUGCGAUCUCUUGAAGAAGCAUCUGCUACAGAUACUGUGAUCCAAUGCAUGUGUAUGUUUGCAGAACUUUGCCAGUCUUGUCAGACUUAUUCUGCUGGAUCACUUGUGAAGCAGUUCCUGGAGCUUCACCUGAAUUUGCAGAGAGUAACAGUGCUAUUUGAUUCCUUACUUGCACCACUUCCUGAAACAAAACCAAGCAGCCAUUCUAAGAGUUCAGUGGAAGAUGCAUGUAAAGUUCCCACUCGCAAGAAUGCUAUAUCUUGGGUACAAGCUGCCAUAGAGACCAAUCUUUCCAAAUUCAAUCUAUUUGGAACACAAGCAAAUGAUGAGGUUUUGAACAUUGAGAAAAAUCAUUACGUUGUCGUCGAGAAUUCUUGUAAGGAAACAUACAUUGUUGAUUCCUCUGCUCAAAGCAAGCAAAAUCGUGUACCUCAAGUGAAUCACUUGCCACAUUCAUCUGCUAAAAGGCUUCCUUCCUCAAAGCGGAGUCUCUUGGCAACCAACAAGGAUACUGACAGGCAGGAUCAAUUAAAAGAAAAUGAAUUAAAAGUAGCUGCAAGUUUGGCAGAAAAACUGCUUGUAGCAUCUCGGGAAUGGUUCCUGAAGUACUUGGAGGAAUCUUUAGGUAAUGAAUUUGGGUUGAAAAAUGAAGGGAGCACUGAAAUUGCAUGUCUUCUUGGACAGCUCAAACAGGUGAACCGCUGGUUAGAUAGUUUGGUUGGUGGAGAUAAGGUUGAUCACAGGGUGGAGAACCUAAGAAAACGUUUGUACCGGUUUCUGCUUGAGCAUGUUAAUUCUGCCAUCGCUAAUUAG